GGUUCUGCUGCAUAAUUGUAAACAGGCUUUAUGACACCAGUUUAUACAAAAUACAAUGCAAAAAAACAGACAAAAAAUCCCAUCUAAUCAAAAUCACUAGACAAUUGAAAAAGUAAUUAAUCUGGAUUAGCAUAUUUGGUGCCUCAAGCCACAUUACUAGUACUUUUUUAAAUUUUUCACUGUGAUUAAGAAAUGAUUUGAAAGUAAGUCGCUCCAACCAUCAUGGCAAAAGAUAACCAAAAUGAAUAGCUCUUUUUUAACAAGUCGGGGUCAAUCGAAUCAAAAUAUGUUGUCUUUUAAUACACUCUUGACGUUUUUGCUCAGAAACAGCUGAAUUCGGUUGGCUUUGCAAUUUUAAGUGUUCAUCAUAUUUGCUGUCUGGAAUUUGUGUCAGACUGGUGUUAGUUUCUGAAGUCAAAGUAAAUUCUAAUUCCAGAUUUCACGUGUUCACACAAGUUCACGUGAAGCAUUGCUGCAUUAGAGCUGUCUCUGUUCCAACUGUAAUUUAUACUUCAAGUAACCACAGAGCAGUUUUGUUUAAAUAAAGGUAAAACAUUAUGAGACAUUCAGAGCCAGCCUGUAAAGUCUUUCUACGUCAGUGUAUAGGCCCAACCGAGAUUAGUGAUUACCACAUUGACAAAGUUACCAAGAGCAGUCCACAUGUGCUGUACAGCCAACAGAACUAUCUCAUAUAGCCAACUUUACUUUCCAUCCAUUUUGUAUUUCUUAUUCUUUUACUGCAUUCUGUUCUGCCCAUCCCCCUUUCUCUCUAGCUCUCUUUUCACUCUCCCCCUCUUUCUUUUUUUCUCCCCUCCUGUUCUAUUCCUGCACUAACCCCCCUCCCCCGUCUCUUUCUCCUCCUCCUGCUCUAUCUCUGCAUUAAAUCUUCCUCUUCUUGUCUCUCUCUCCCUCCCCCCUAUCUCUUUCUUUCUCCCCCUCCCCUUUUAUUCCUACAUUAACCCUUCCCUCUCUCUCUUCCUCCUUCUCGCGACCUAUCUUUCUUUCUCCCCCUCCCAUUCUAUGCCUGCAUUAACCCUUUAUUUUCUCUCUCUCCAUCCCUCUUUCAAUAUCGCCCUCUAAUUCUAUCAUUGCACUAAACCUUCCCUUUUGCUUUCUCUCCCCCGUCUCUCCUUCCCUCACUCCUUCCCACCCACCCCCUCCCUUUUAUCCUUGCACAAAACCUUUCUUGCUCUCUCUCCUUCUCUCCCUCUUCUUCUUGCAAUCUAUUCCAGCACUAAAUCCUAUUUUUUUUCAUUAUCCUUCUCUCUUUUUCUCACCCUUUUUCUCUCCCCCUCCCGUUCUAUUCUGGCAUAAACCUUUCCUUUCUUUCUCUUUUUUUCUCUGUGUCUCUGUCUGUCUUUUCUUUCCCCCUCUCCCAUUCCAUCUCUGCAUUAUACAUUUUUUUCUGUCUCUCUCUCUUCCCCUCUCAUUCUAUCAUCGCACUAAACCUCCCCUUUUGCUCUUUCUUUCCCACUUUCUCUCUUUCCCUCACUCUCUUCCAUUCCACCCAUCCCCCCUCCCUUUUUAUCUCUACAUGAAACCUUCUUUUCUCCACCUCCCUCCCUCCCUCUCUUCCUCUCUUCUUCCCUCUUCCUCCUUCCAUUCUAUUUCUGCACUAAACCCCCCCAUUUUUUCACCCCUCCCUCUCUUUUUCUCGCUCUCUUUCUCUCUCUCCCCCUCCCAUUCUCUUCUGGCAUUAACCCUUUCUUCUCUCUUUCUCUCUCAUUUCUUUUCUUCCCUUCUCUAACAUUCUAUCCCUGCAUUAAACCUUCCUCUUUUCUCUCUCUCGCUCCCUCCCCCUCUCUCUUUCACUCUCCCCCUCUCAUUCUAUCAUUGUACUAAACCUCUCCCUUUUGCUCUUUCCCUCCCCCUCUCUCUCUUUCCCUCACUCCCUCCCAUCCCCCCUCCCUUUCAACCCCACACCAAACCCUUUUCUCUCUCUUUCACUCUCUCUCUCUCCCCCCUCCCUACUCUUCUUGCAUUCUAUUCCUGCACUAAACCCUCCUUUUUUCACCCCCCUCUCUCUUUGUCUCGCUCUUUCUCUCUCUCUCUCUCUCUCUCCCCCUCCCUUUCUAUCCCUGUACAAAACCCUCCUUUCUCUCUCUCUCUCCAUCAUUCCUCCCUAUCAUCCGUUUGCUCAACUCUUUUUUUCCACCACCUCUUUUUCAACUCUCCUCUGAAGCCUGGGCUCAAAGCUUGGACACUUUGGUCUCUACAUAAGAUAAGGAAAGAUAAGGAAAAGAAAUGGCGGACCUCUCAAAACUAAUCAAAUUUAAAUUGCUUCUCAAAUGUGUAAGUAACUCUGCGAUAUGUUCUGAAAUCUCGCCGGAAAAUUGAGGUCACUAUUGUGAUUUGUAGAUUGUUGUUGUUUGUCUGGUCUGCGUUAGUAGAGCCACUGCUUGUACUAGAGACAGUUUGAGGAAGAGGAAGGUGGGAAGUAUUUGCGCCCCGCCUCUUGCCGUCCUUUACAUAUAAAGAUCACACGGACAGUCUCUCCUCACUCACAAUGAGAUCUUUAAAGCACCUGAAGCCUUACAAGAGAAGUCUGGAGGAGGCGAGCUGGCGCCGGGGUAGAUGUGAACCCAAGGUAAUGGCCCGGCUGGUGGACACAGGCACACAGACAGAUCCAGUGGUUGUGCUGUCCUUGGCCCAGGCUGCCGUGCUAGGUCUCAUCUCACAGAAUGAAGUUUUUGGAGCUACCAUUGCACCUAAUGGCUUCUACACUGGUGAACCUAAAGAAUCCCCUGCCCCCCCAGUAGACGGAGUAGACUACGAGUACGCAGACCAGCUUAUUGGAGCUAACGGAGAUUACCUCGGGGACAAUUUAGGAGAAGACGGACAGAUGCAACCCAGCUGCAGUCAGAGGAGAUGGCAGCAGGGCCCUCCUCAGCACCAGGAGGCUAAAAUGGUCGUCCCUGACCGCCACAGCCACCCAGUGGGGGACGGGACUCAUGUAAAAGGGGAAGUAGUGAGCUCUGGGAUGUCCUCAUGUGUUCACAUGCUCAACAACAUGGCCCCUAGAGGUGGCCUAAUCCAAGUAGACCCAGCCACUCUGAGAGUCCGUAAUAAAAACUGUGUUGAGUGUGAGCGGGAAGCAUCCACACAGCAGCAACAGCAGCAGCAGCAUCAGCAGCAACAACAAGCCCCUGUUCACACACACCCUCCUCCAGGCCCCGUGAGCCACAGAGGAGCUGAGCCUCCAGCCCAUAGAGGACUGCAGGCCCCAAGGCCCAUGGGAGCCCAUGGGCGAGUGGCCAGACAAGAGUCAGAUGGGGUGGAGCACCAACCGAACAACAUGAUGAAGCCUGCACAGCCAGAGGAAGCAAUCAGCAGCUACUUCCAAACCAGCGAAGUGGGCAGUUAUGACUCCAACGAAAUGGGAAUGGGCGGAGAGUAUGAGGACAGUGGCCAGGGCAUGAUGUGGACUGAUGGGAGCGGAGGGGGGCAGCAUCCACCACCUCAGCAGCCUCAGACCACACGCCGCCAAGGAGGCCGAAGAGUAGACCGGCUUGAUAUCAAUAUACAGAUCGAUGAGUCCUACUGUGUGGAUGUUGGUGAUGGCCUCAAGCGCUGGAAGUGCCGCAUGUGUGAUAAGUCCUACACGUCGAAGUACAAUCUGGUCACGCACAUCUUGGGCCAUAGUGGCAUCAAACCACAUGCCUGUCCUCACUGUGGGAAGCUCUUCAAACAGCCCAGCCACCUCCAGACUCACCUACUGACCCAUCAGGGCACCAGGCCCCACAAAUGCACCGUAUGUAAGAAGGGCUUCACCCAGACCAGCCACUUGAAGCGCCACAUGCUGCAGCACACUGACGUCAAGCCCUAUAGCUGCCGCUUCUGCCGCCGUGGUUUUGCCUAUCCCAGUGAGCUGAGGGCUCAUGAGGUGAAGCAUGAGCGUGGACGGUGCCACGUGUGCUCACAGUGCAGCAUGGAGUUCCCCACCUAUGCCCACCUAAAGCGCCACCAGACCAGCCACCAGGGCCCACACACCUUCCAAUGCACAGAGUGUAACAAGUCCUUUGCCUACCGCAGCCAGCUCCAGAACCACACCUUGAAACAUCAAAGUCCCAGACCAUACACCUGCUCCCAGUGCGGCCUGGAGUUUGUGCAGCUCAACCAUCUACGUCAGCACUCGCUCACACACAAGGGAAUGAAGGGUCACAAGUGCGAGGUGUGCUCGAGGGAGUUCACUCUGUCGGCCAACCUGAAGAGACACAUGCUCAUUCACAACAGUGUGCGGCCAUUCCAGUGUCACGUCUGCUUCAAGAGCUUCAUCCAGAAACAGACUCUCAAGACCCACAUGAUAGUACACCUGCCUGUCAAGCCUUUCAAAUGCAAGGUGUGUGGCAAGUCUUUCAAUCGAAUGUACAACCUCCUGGGUCACAUGCACCUCCACGCGGGCAGUAAGCCUUUCAAGUGUCCUUACUGCACCAGUAAGUUCAACCUGAAGGGAAAUCUGAGCAGACACAUGAAGGUCAAGCAUGGGAUGGAUGUGUCACCGGAAACGCAAGAAGUGCUUCCAGAAAUGGAAACCCAGGGGGAGUAUGAAGGACAGAACUUCAACUAUACCUCACCAGACAAUAUGGACAACGGUGGCUCCCAAAACCUCACAAAGCUCACAACUGCAAACAUGGAAGAUAUGGAGGAAUAUUACAACUUUGGGAAGGACACAAACAGCUACACCUCCCCUUGAGUAGAGACACACUUUGGGUUUUUUGAGGAGGCAGCAUGCUGGACUCCAGAUAAAUGGAAAGACAUGAGACACAUCAGAUGACACAUUAUAUGGACAUGUUUUGGAGCGCUUUUUUUGGAACUUCCUUUUUCAAAGACAAAUAUGGCAGGCAGACUGUCAAAUAUGUACUAUGUUCUCUGUUUGUCUCGGUCAAAAAAGAGCCUACAGUCCCGUUUAAAGUAACAGGUUUACUGUUUUUCACAAAUCACUAAUGUAUGUCCUUUUAAGUACAGUGCAUCGGACUGAAAGUGCCACAGACUUGUGCAACUCAACUUCCAGGUUGACUAUAUAAUCGCUAUAAAUGGUAAAUAUAUAUACUUAUAUAUAGAUAUCAAGUUUUCUAUGAUUAUUAAAUAGGUUUGAAGUACUCUUCCUAAAUGUAGGUAACCAUUCCAUACUUAAAAAUAAAGGCUGCUGGUGCGUUGGUGCUUUUUGCACUGGGUAUUGCAGCCUCAUUCUAAACAGGGCACUGGCUACAGACGCUGCUACUGUCCCAUGUCAGGAUUACCACUGUUGCUGGCAUGUAAAACAGACUGUAUAAAUAUUUGACAAAAUGCAGUGUUAAUCCAAUUUUUACAUGGUUUGGUUUUACAUUAAUAUCAAUCUACUGUAGUAAAUCUACCACUCGUGUCUGCAUUACAAUACAAUACAAAGCACUUUUUACAAGAUAGCUAUUAUUUCUGUGAAGCCCACCUUUGGUACAUAAAACAGUUUCUGUUGUUUGUUGGUUAAGGACCAGAACUAUUUUCAUUGCUCUUUCAUUUCUCGUUUACUCAUAAAAAUAUUGUGGGCGUUGAAAGUGUUUUGAUUGUAGUCUUGGUCCUUGUUGCUCUGAUUUAGAAAGACUGUUCUUCCUGUCCUGCCAUGCAGGUCAGUGUUGUUAUGCACACUAAACCUAAUGAAUGAUCGAAUAGUUCUUUUAUGUUUAAUUUAAAGAUGAGAACUUGGCAGUAGACCAUGGAUUAUUUAAUAAAUGUUCUCAAGUUGGC